AUGGUGCGCCCCGGCGGGCUGUGCCGCCCGCUGCUGCUGCUGCUGCUGCGGCUGCUGCUGCUGCAGGGCUCCCUCCUCCUGCUGGCCACAGCCCCGCACGGCCGCGCCGCCGCCUGCCCGCUCCGCAGAAAGCAAAAUGAGCUGAACUCCUUCCUGUGGACAAUCAAGAGAGAUCCCCCAUCUUAUUUCUUUGGCACCAUCCAUGUCCCAUACACACGUGUCUGGGAUUUUAUCCCAGAGAACUCCAAGAAUGCCUUCCAGCAGAGCCACAUUGUGUACUUUGAGCUGGAUCUCACUGACCCCUACACCAUCUCAGCUCUCACCAGCUGCCAACUCCUGCCACAGGGGAAGAACCUCCAAGAUGUGCUGCCCCGAGACCUCUACCACCGGCUGAAGCGGCACCUGGAGUAUGUCAAGCUCAUGAUGCCGUCCUGGAUGACCCCAGACCAAAGGGGCAAAGGGCUCUAUGCAGACUACCUCUUCAAUGCCAUUGCUGGCAACUGGGAGCAGAAGAGACCAGUGUGGGUGAUGCUGAUGGUGAACUCCCUGACAGAGGUAGACAUCAAGUCACGAGGCGUGCCUGUCCUUGAUCUGUUCCUGGCCCAGGAAGCGGAGCGGCUGAGGAAGCAAACGGGCGCUGUGGAGAAAGUAGAAGAGCAGUGCCACCCACUCAAUGGGCUGAACUUCUCCCAGGUGGUCUUUGCUUUGAAUCAGACUCUCUUGCAGCAGGAGAGCCUCCGAGCAGGCAGUUUCCAGAUCCCCUAUACGACAGAAGACCUUAUCAAGCAUUACAACUGUGGGGACCUCAGCUCCAUCAUCUUCAACCAUGACACUUCUCAAGUCCCAAAUUUCAUUAAUGCUACACUUCCAGCCCAUGAACGCAUUACUGCCCAAGAAAUAGACAGCUACUUCCGGCAGGAGCUCAUCUACAAACGAAAUGAGCGAAUGGGCAGGAGGGUGAAGGACCUGCUGGAAGAGCACCCAGACAAGAGUUUCUUCUUUGCAUUUGGAGCUGGUCAUUUCAUGGGCAACAACACAGUGAUUGAUGUUUUGAGGAGAGAAGGGUAUGAAGUAGAACACACUCCAGCUGGACAAGCCAUCAACAACCAAAAAUCUCCCAAAACCUUGUUAGCCUUUUCAUCAUCACACAGUCCCUAUGUCAUGUCCCAUGAGCUCCCACUACACCCCCAGAAGGAGGAGGAAGAGGAGGAGGGAGAGUUCCUGCCUCACCUGCUCUUCCCUGACAGAAUUGAUGUGCUCAUGAAAGCAGACAGGAAGUACAAAAAGAAGAAGAAAAAGCAGGAGAAGAAGCAGAAACUGCGACAAUUUAACGACCUCUGGGUUCGCCUUGAAGAAAGUGCUACUGAUCCUCCUCCGCGGAUCCGCAUCAUCAAUGGCUACAUCACGGUCGAGCCCCAGCCCCGGGGCCGGGGGCGGCCCAGCCGCGCUCACGCAGACGCCAGCAGCGCUCACCAGAUUCCCCAUUCCCUCUGCCUUCCACUGCUGACUUUGACUUUGUGUAAGAUAAUGCUUCAUUGA